UCGUCUUCCCAUUGUUAAUUGCUUCUCUCAUUCGAUUUUAUCGAUUGUUGAAGCUAAUAUUAACAAUCAGGAGAAGAGAAUGAUAGGGUUGGAAGAUGUUUACAAGGUGGUAGUGGCCAUGGUGCCUCUGUAUGUUGCCACAGUUCUGGGUUAUGGCUCGGUGAAAUGGUGGCACAUAUUCACUCCUGAUCAGUGUCAAGCAAUUAACCGACUUGUUUGCUACUUCACCCUCCCUCUCUUCACCUUCGAAUUCACUGCCCACAUCGAUCCUUUUAACAUGAACUAUCUCUUCAUUGCCGCCGAUGCCAUCUCCAAGGUAGUCAUCGUCAUAGUUCUCGUCUUCUGGGCUAAGUGCAGCAGCAAGGGGAGUUACCCUUGGUCCAUAACCAGCUUUUCUCUCUCCACUCUCACCAACUCUCUGGUCGUAGGGGUCCCUCUCCUUAAGGCCAUGUACGGCCAAAUUGGGGUGGAUCUCGUCGUGCAAUCCUCUGUGAUUCAAGCCAUCGUAUGGCUCACGAUUCUUCUCUUCGUCUUGGAGCUGCGCAAAACCAGGAGCGACACUCUGUCGUCCAUGGCGACCAGCCUCGACUCUCAAUCUCAUGUGGUUUCUCUCGAAUCAGCCAAGGAUGUCCAAACAAAUGACCACGUUGUUGAGGGCCUGAGUACUACAAAACCUUCCUUCUGCUCUGUAAUGAAGAUUGUGUGGCUGAAGCUGGCUCUCAAUCCUAAUACAUAUGCUAGUCUCGUUGGCAUAGUCUGGGCUUUUGUCUCAAACAGGUGGCACAUUGAAACGCCAAGCAUCAUGGAGGGAUCUGUGUUGAUCAUGUCAAGAGCAGGGACAGGCACGGCCAUGUUUAAUAUGGGAAUCUUCAUGGCGUUGCAGGAGAAGUUAAUUGCUUGUGGUCCGCCCCUAACGAUUUUUGGAAUGGUAUUGAAGUUUAUUGCAGGACCUGCUGCCAUGGCAAUAGGAGCCAUAGCUGUUGGUCUCCAUGGUGACGUCUUGAGAGUGGCCAUCAUCCAGGCAGCAUUGCCACAGUCCAUAACCUCCUUCAUUUAUGCAAAAGAAUAUGGGUUGCAUGCAGAUGUUCUUAGCACGGCGGUGAUCUUCGGAAUGUUAGCUUCCCUUCCUAUCUUGGUUGGAUAUUAUGCGGUUUUGGAGUAUUUAAAUUGAAUUUUCUCCAAUACAACUUUUAAUGUUUAUAGGCUUUUAAGUUUACUUGGAUAGAUUUUGUUUUACUUCCCUGUCUGGAUCAAUUGGAAAUAGAAUAGUUCCUUUUUUUUAUUUGUUGUGAUUCCUAACAAAGUGUAAUUUUCCUUUGUUCA